AACAUCUGUUCCGCUCACCGGCACCAGCUACUUCUCCUCUUCGCCACAUGCGGCUGAGACGCUCUCAUUCAAACUGAGACCUCCUCUCUGGAUUAACAGUUAUUUCACAUCGAUAGUCAGUAAACAGCUUUUUGACGUAGUCACUCUACCUACUUUGUUUUAACGUCCGGCAUCUUUUGUUUGAACGGAGUCGAUCUACAAAUUACAUUAUCCCGCGCGCGCUAUCGUAACGACACUUGUCUGGUGCGCGCUUAAUUAGCUCACUGGCUAGCUAGCAUUAGCAGCCAUUCAUCACCGGACUGACAACUGCAACGUGUGGAUGUACCCCUGCUCAUCUGCAGUUACAGUUGCACAAUGGCUGUCUGUUCAAUCUGUUUGAUAUCUGAGCACCAAAGAAACAGAAACAGAUCUAGUUUAAUUACAGGAUAGCAAUAAGCCCCCACUAUACCUCUGUUUACCUUAACUGUUUUCUGGUCAGUACCAGGUGAACACAAGUUUGCACUGCUGAAUCAUCCUGUUUAUAACAGGUGGGCCUAAAGAAGUUAAUUAUUUAUUUUAACAUUUACCUCUUUAUUUUACUAACUGCUGUUUUAGAAAUAGCAUUAAGUAGCUAUUUUGACAGGCAUUUAUUCCCUUUAAGAUUGUGAAGUAAUUUCUCUAUAGUCUAUAAUCAUGGUUUCCACAACUGCGACUGCAAUAAUACUGGCCAGCACAGCAGUCAUAGCUACCCAGACUGCUCUGACAGAGUAUAUGUGGCUGCUGAUUGUCGGCUUCAUCAUCGCCUUCGUCUUAGCCUUUUCCGUGGGUGCCAAUGAUGUUGCCAACUCAUUUGGCACAGCCGUGGGCUCUGGAGUGGUCACCUUGCGACAAGCAUGCAUUCUGGCCACGGUGUUUGAGACACUGGGCUCUGUGCUCCUUGGGGCCAAAGUGAGCGAAACCAUUCGCAAGGGUAUCAUCGACGUGGGCAUGUACAAUGGCUCUGAGCACGUGUUGAUGGCUGGAUCCAUCAGUGCCAUGUUUGGUUCUGCUGUGUGGCAGCUGGCCGCCUCCUUCCUUAAGCUCCCCAUCUCUGGAACACACUGCAUUGUUGGUGCUACUAUUGGCUUCUCGCUGGUGGCCAGAGGCCAGCAGGGAGUCAAGUGGAUUGAACUUCUCCGUAUUGUUAUUUCCUGGUUCCUGAGUCCCCUUUUGUCUGGAAUAAUGUCUGCCGUUGUUUUCUACAUUGUGCGUGUAUUCAUCUUACACAAGAAAGACCCUGUACCUAACGGAUUGAGGGCCCUGCCUGUCUUCUACGCUGUGACUAUGGGAAUCAACCUGUUCUCUAUCCUGUACACUGGAGCUCCGAUGCUGGGAUUUGACAAGGUACCUUGGUGGGGCACCCUGCUCAUCUCGUUGGGCUUUUCUGUGCUGACCGCCCUUGUGGUCUGGUUCAUUGUCUGCCCUCGCCUCAAGAAGAAGAUUGAACGCGAUAUCAAGUCUUCCAGCCCCUCUGAGAGCCCCCUGAUGGAGAAAAGGGAGCUGAGAGAGGCCCAGUGUCCAAUCCUGAAACAGACUGCCAAGGAGACUUCUACGCCUACCGACCCAGCUGACAAUCAAAGCCCCUCUGCUCAGCCCCAGGCUGCCCCCGAGGAGCGCAGGGUGGCGUUUGACAUCGGAGAUUCUGACGAUGUUGACAAUAAUAAGGAACGCAGGGUGGCGUUUGACAUCGGAGAUUCUGAUGACACGGACUACAGCAAUGCAAAUGGUGCCCCCAAACUGGUUCAACCAAACAACCAGCAUUCAGCCAAUCAGGUCCAGUUCAACAACCAGGUUCAGUUCAACAACAGGCCAGCACAAGCUCCAAGUAACGGUUACAGCCAGUACCACACAGUCCACAAGGACUCGGGUCUCUACAAGGACCUCUUGCACAAGCUCCACCUGGCCAAAGUCGGCGACUGCAUGGGAGAGGGGGGUGACCGACCCAUCCGGCGCAACAACAGCUACACCUCCUACACCAUGGCCAUCAUCGGCAUGCACGGAGACUUCAAGCAUAAGGAAGGGGACUACCGUGCCUACGAGGAUGGCGACAAGGGCGCAGUGCCAGGGGGUCAGGAAAGGAAGCGCGUGCGUAUGGACAGUUACACUAGCUACUGCAACGCUGUGGCCGAGCACACGACUCCUGAAGCUCUGGGAGAGGCUGAUGUGACGCUAGAAAUGGCGAAGGAGGAUGCAGGUAGCAGCCAAAGCUCUCUGGAUGAUGACAGGCUCGAGGCAGAUAAGCCAGAAGUCUCGACUCUCUUCCAGUUCCUCCAAAUUCUCACCGCCUGCUUCGGAUCCUUUGCCCAUGGAGGAAACGACGUCAGUAAUGCCAUUGGACCACUUGUAGCUCUGUGGCUGGUUUACACAUCCAGCAGUGUGUAUUCAAAUGAGCCCACACCCAUUUGGCUGCUACUGUACGGCGGCGUGGGCAUCUGCGCCGGACUCUGGGUGUGGGGUCGCAGAGUAAUCCAGACCAUGGGCAAGGACCUUACCCCCAUCACCCCCUCAAGUGGUUUCAGCAUCGAACUGGCCUCAGCCGUGACUGUCGUGGUAGCCUCUAACAUUGGCCUGCCUGUUUCCACCACCCACUGCAAGGUGGGCUCUGUGGUUGCAGUAGGAUGGCUGCGCUCAAGGAAGGCAGUAGACUGGCGUCUCUUCAGAAACAUCUUCAUGGCGUGGUUUGUGACUGUGCCCAUCUCUGGUCUGAUCAGUGCCGCCAUCAUGGCCAUCUUCAUCUAUGGCAUCCUUUGAGCAAUCGGGCUGCACCCCAAGCAGGGGAGGAGAAAGAAACCGCUCCAUUGCGCACCAGGAGAAGAGGAGCAAAGUUGGAAGGCCAAAAUAUAUCGCUUACCUCAAGCCAACAACUUUGGAAGAAAAAGGAAAAAAAAUAGAAAUGUUUGAAAGGACUUGUGAUAUGGGCCUGUGGUUCUUGGCUGCAUCAUCUUCAACCUAGAAUUUGCUGUUUGUUCCAUUUGGGCCACAUUACUUCUAGCGGGAAGCUUGCAUUUCUUUGUUCUGACUUGCUUUUUCAUAUCUCAUCAUUCUGUAACGAGUUAAUCUAAAAGCAUCAACUGAUUUUUUUCUAAUACUCAUUCUUCCAUAUUUUUUUUUACUUUGCAACUAUGUAUAUACAACCAUGUUCUGUUUUAAUUGUUUUACAUGUUAGAAAGAAAUGAACAAUCGAAAUGCAGUAUAAGCCUUUUGUCGAUGUAACUCUCCAGUCAUAACACAUGCUGAAAGUAACGUAGAUGCAAAAGCAGUAUUUUUAGGUGAAAACAAGUUUGUGUGUAUGUGCGCGUUUUUUUUCCUCAAUUCCAAGUAAUUGUUAUUAAUGCAUUAAUGUUUUCCAUCGGGCUUCAUUGUAUCCCCUAAACUGUUGGGACACUUGCUGUCCCCCCUCUUGUUAUAGAACAAAAUUGACUCUAAACUGACUGUAAAUUCAGAGAGUUUCAGUGUUUUCUACCAUACUUAUGCGAUCACAUUCGUCUUUAUGACAAUUAUCGGAAUAAUUGACUAUGGUAGAGGCACUAAUAGUACACACUGGAUGACCACUUUCAGAAUAUAUGAAAUACUGUAUCAAAAAAUCAGCGCACCUCUGGCAGGAAAUGAGAAAACCCUAAUCGUUGAAGUCAGUGGAUUAUCUACAAUCCAGCUCUUUCAUCAGUAUCUCCUGAGGCUCCUCCUUAUCGAUCAGCACAGAAAUAACUGCCUGAAAUUAUCAGCCAUUUGAAUUUGAGAAAUGUAACAGCAGAAUGUCAACUAACAGAAACACAUGCUGUCAUACAAGACCUCUUAAGUUUCCUGUUAAAACUUGAUUGCAUCAUCUUUGAUGGUUAAAUGCUUUGGGCCUUCUUCAGCGUUGUUUUUCCAGUUCACCGUGUAUCGGCUACUUCCCAGUAUGUUUGCACCUGCCCAGUCGUUUGGGUAAUUCUAGCUUUCCUCUUUCUUUCUCGGCCUGAAGGUUGUAAAAGAGGACGAACAGGAACCCCAUACUGGAAGUCAUCUUAACUAGGUGGUUUGGUGUUGAGCUGUUUGAAUCAGGCAGACAUAUGUUGCAUGCCACCAGUGUGUGGUCAUUUGGCUGCAGUACUAAAUGCAUAUCAGAUCUAUAGAUGCUGUAGUUGCCUUAAUUGUUUUGAUUUUCCCUUUAGGUACCAAAGAAUUUUUUUUUCUUUUUUUAAUGCACAUCAACAUACUAUAGUCCACACUUGUGGAUGAAAAAAAAAACAAAUAAAAAUGGGAAAAUA